AUGGGGAGAAAAAAGCGCAAUAGAGCUCAGUUGAAGCCCUUUUGUUUUUAUUGUGAGCGCGAAUUUGACGACGAGAAAGUUUUGAUUCAACAUCAAAAGGCAAAACAUUUCAAAUGCAGCUCGUGCAACAGAAAGUUAGAUACGGCGACAGGACUGGUCGUCCAUAUGCUCCAAGUUCAUAAGGAGACAAUCAGUCGUGUCCCAAAUUCAAGCAAUGGAAGAGAUAACCCCGAUUUAAUCAUUCAUGGCAUGGAUGGUGUCCCAAUCGAGUUACUGAAUGAGAAGCAGGCAAAAUUAGAUGAAGAACGCGGUGCGGUCAGACACUCAAAAUCCGCGCAUACAACAUUCGGCAUGUCUAUAAUGAGUGGCUUCUUUAAUCAAAUGCAACAGCAAGCACAUCAUGGAAUCCCAGGAAUGAUGGGAGGACCCCUUCCUCCUGGUUUUCAGCCCCCUCCAGCAAUGCUUGGAGGGAUGCAACCACCAGUCCCACCUCAAUUCAUGAUGAAUCAAAUGUCUGGGCAACCUAAUCCAUUCGCAAUGAACCAAUUCAUGGCUCAUAUGCAACAAGGCCCUCAAGCAGCCUUUACAGCCAUGUUUGGUUUACCAGCUCCCAAAGUUGAUCCUGCAAACCCUCAAGCUCCCUCCCAACCACAACUUCCCUCAGUCCCAGCAACGCUGCCGUCAGCCUCGUCAAUCGGUGUGCAUCCUUCGGGAGCUGACUUCUCUACAACAUCUGCCCCUGCUGCUUCUUCUCGGCUUCCCGGUCUCCUUUCUACAGCACUGGCUGCAGCAAGAGGUGGGGGUCGUUUGAUAUUCGACCCCCCGGACGACUCUGUAAGGCAUCCGAUUCACAGUUGA